AUGAACUUUUAUCCACCGCCACCCGUGAUCAAAGCAGAGGUUUAUCUGCGCAUCCCAAACGACAAGCGCUGCUUAGGCCAAGAGUCGGAAUGGCGCGGGGGCUUUGCGGGGUCGUUCCAGCACAUCUUUCUCGAAGGUCCAGUCGUCGACAGCACUGGGAAUCUCUAUGUCGUGGACAUUCCGUACGGUCGCAUUCUCAAGAUUGAUAGCGAGAAGAAUGUUACUGUUGCGUGCACUUGGGAUGGCGAGCCGAAUGGGCUCGUGGGGACAGCCAACGGGGAUUUGUUGGUGGCGGACUACAAGCAGGGCAUAUUGUCAUUUAAUCCUGAGACAGGCAAGAUUGGUCCAAAGUUGACGAGAAAGAAUCUCGAGCGAUUCAAGGGCCCGAACGACUUAAUCGUUGACUCAAGGGGCAACCUUUACUUCACCGACCAAGGCCAAACCGGCAUGACAGAUCCAACUGGUCGCGUCUACCGUUUAUCGCCUGAUGGGAGACUUGACACUCUGCUUGACAAUGGUCCCUCACCCAAUGGUCUCGUCCUCUCACGAGACGAGCGCUUCCUCUACGUCGCCAUGACACGGGCAAACCAAGUCUGGCGCCUACCCCUACACGCAGAUGGCACUACCUCCAAAGCCGGCGUUUUCUUCCAGUCUUUCGGCAACGCGGGUCCUGAUGGUCUUGCCCUCGACGAACAAGGCAGUUUGUUCAUCUGUCAUCCAAGUCUUGGUUCAAUCUUUGUAGUGGAUACACAUGGGGUACCCAAGGCUCGAAUUGUCAGUGGAUCGCCUGGAAUCAAUCUGACAAAUUGCUGUUUUGGAGGACCGGAGCAUAAGACCUUGUAUAUUACUGAUAGUUUGGAGGGGAAUAUUCAGACAGUGGAGUGGCAUUGCCGGGGAGCGGUGGCUGCGUCGUCACUGAAACAACACAAAGAGCAGUAA